CGGUCCGGCGGAGGGAUCUCCGGGUACCGCGCACACAGCGAGGGGCGGAGGGAUCCGUGCGCUGGAGCCGCCCGUCAGAGGGAGAGGGAGGGAAGGAGGGGCGGGAGUGAUGCGGCGCAGCGGGGCUGGCUGAGGCGAGAAUCCCAGUAGCUAGGCAGCCUCCCUCUUUUCUUUCCUUCCGUCCUUCUACCCCUUCGGUAUGUAGGAAGGGAGAGACCUCAAUGGAGAAGCUGAAAUACGCGUAGAUGGACUUUCAGAUGCCUUUUUUCUUGCACGAAGAAGAUAAAUCCCAGUUGCCAGCGCCCUUUUUGUUGGUGUUGAAUUGCUUGGUAAAAAUGGGGUUCAGUUCCUCCAGCUAAAUCCUCGGAGCAGUUCAGAGUUGCUACAGCAAAGGACUUCAGGUUUUUUUUACAUCAGCUACGUUGAUGUUAACCGUGUUCUUGUAAGAUGGAGAACGAGAUAUUCACACCCCUCUUGGAGCAGUUCAUGUCUAGCCCUCUUGUCACCUGGGUUAAGACGUUUGGACCGUUAGCUGGAGGAAAUGGGACCAACCUGGAGGAAUAUGUGGCGCUGGUGGAUGGCGUGUUUCUGAACGAAGUCAUGCUGCAAAUUAAUCCAAAGUCUGCUAAUCAGAGGAUAAACAAAAAAGUGAACAACGAUGCAUCACUAAGGAUUCAAAACCUGUCUAUUUUGGUGAAACAAAUAAAAACUUACUAUCAGGAGAAUUUGCAGCAGCUGAUCAUGAUGUCUUUGCCAAAUGUAUUAAUAAUUGGCAAGAAUCCUUUUUCUGAGCCAGGUACCGAAGAAAUAAAAAAACUCCUUCUGCUUUUACUUGGUUGUGCAGUUCAGUGUCAGAAAAAGGAAGAAUUUAUUGAAAGAAUCCAAGGUCUGGAUUUUGACACUAGAGCAGCUGUUGCAGCCCAUAUUCAAGAGGUAACUCAUAAUCAGGAAAAUGUUUUUGAUCUCCAGUGGAUGGAUGUCAUUGUACUGACACAAGAGUAUGUUGAACCUCUCUUGAAAAAUAUGGCAUUACAUUUAAAAAGGCUUAUAGAUGAAAGAGAUGAGCACUCAGAGACUAUCAUAGAACUCUCGGAAGAACGGGACUGUCUCCGUUUCCUACCUCACGCAUCGGCAGCACAAUCACCUUGUGGAUCUCCUGGCAUGAAGCGCACUGAAAGCAGACAGCACCUCUCAGUAGAGCUAGCAGAUGCCAAAGCAAAGAUAAGAAGGCUUAGGCAAGAGCUUGAGGAAAAGACUGAGCAGUUGCUUGACUGUAAGCAGGAGCUUGAGCAGAUGGAAGCUGAACUAAAGAGACUUCAGCAAGAGAAUAUGAAUUUACUCUCAGAUGCCCGUUCUGCCCGAGUGUAUAGAGAUGAAUUAGAUGCCCUUCGUGAGAAGGCAAUUCGAGUCGACAAGCUUGAAAGUGAAGUCGGCCGCUAUAAAGAGAGGCUGCAUGAUAUUGAGUUCUACAAAGCUAGAGUGGAGGAGUUAAAGGAAGACAAUCAAGUGUUGCUAGAAACAAAGACAAUGUUGGAAGACCAGUUAGAGGGGACCCGAGCCCGUUCUGAUAAAUUACACGAGUUAGAAAAAGAGAAUCUACAGUUAAAAGCUAAAUUACAUGAUAUGGAGAUGGAGCGUGAUAUGGACAGGAAGAAGAUUGAGGAACUCAUGGAGGAAAAUAUGACUCUAGAAAUGGCCCAGAAACAAAGUAUGGAUGAAUCAUUGCAUCUUGGCUGGGAACUUGAACAGAUAAAUAGGACUACUGAACUUUCUGAAGUGCCACAGAAAUCACUUGGUCAUGAAGUGAAUGAACUGACAUCAAGCAGGUUACUGAAGUUGGAAAUGGAAAACCAAAGUUUGCUGAAGACAGUGGAAGAACUACAAAGUGCAGUGGGUUCAGUAGAAGGCAGUAGCUCAAGGAUCCUGAAAAUGGAAAAAGAAAACCAAAGACUUAGCAAAAAGCUUGAAGAGCUAGAGAAUGAAAUUAGCCAAGAGAAACAAAGUCUUCAGAACAGUCAAAAUCUGAGUAAGGAUUUGAUGAAAGAAAAAGCACAGCUUGAAAAGACACUUGAAGCACUUCGAGAAAACUCAGAGCGCCAAAUUAAGCUGUUAGAACAAGAAAAUGAACACUUGAAUCAAACUGUAGCUUCUCUAAGACAACGCUCCCAAAUCAGUGCUGAAGCCAGAAUGAAAGAAAUUGAAAAGGAAAAUAAAAUCCUUCACGAGUCCAUUAAAGAGACCAGCAGUAAGUUAAAUAAGGUUGAAUUUGAGAAGAAACAAGUCAGGAAAGAACUGGAGCACUAUAAAGAGAAAGGGGAGAGAGCAGAAGAACUGGAGAAUGAGCUGCAUCGUCUGGAGAAGGAAAAUGAGCUAUUACAGAAGAAAAUCACUACCUUAAAAAUCACUUGUGAGAAGAUUGAGGCCUUAGAACAAGAAAACUCAGACCUGGAAAUGGAAACCAGGAAACUGAAAAAGACUUUGGAUAGCCUGAAAAACCUCACUUUUCAGUUAGAAUCCUUAGAAAAGGAGAAUUCGCAGCUUGAUGAGGAAAAUCUAGAGUUAAGAAGAACAAUUGAAUCCUUGAAGUGUACAAGCAUUAAAGUGGCACAGUUACAAUUAGAAAACAAGGAGCUGGAGAGUGAAAAGGAGCAACUUAAAAAAAGCCUGGAGCUGAUGAAAGCCUCAUUUAAGAAGACGGAACGCUUGGAAGUCAGCUACCAGGGCCUGGACACAGAAAACCAAAGGCUACAGAAAGCCCUUGAAAACAGCAAUAAGAAGAUUCAGCAAUUAGAAAGUGAAUUGCAGGAUUUGGAGUCUGAAAAUCAGACUCUGCAAAAGAACUUGGAGGAGUUGAAGAUCUCCAGUAAGCGCUUAGAGCAGUUGGAAAAGGAGAAUAAGUUGUUAGAGCAAGAGACUUCUCAACUGGAAAAGGAUAAGAAACAGCUAGAAAAGGAAAAUAAGAGGCUUCGCCAACAAGCAGAAAUCAAAGACAGUACUUUAGAAGAGAACAAUGUCAAGAUUAGUAACCUGGAAAGGGAAAAUAAAUCUCUAUUUAAAGAAAUAGUUGUAUAUAAAGAGUCGUGUGUGCGCCUGAAAGAACUAGAAAAAGAAAACAAGGAACUCGUGAAAAGAGCCACCAUUGAUAAGAAAACCCUUGUCACUUUAAGAGAGGACUUGGUGAAUGAGAAAUUGAAGACUCAACAAAUGAACAAUGAUUUAGAAAAACUGGCCCACGAACUUGAAAAAAUAGGCUUAAACAAGGAGCGCCUCUUGCAUGAUGAGCAGAGCAGUGAUGACAGUAGGUACAAGCUUUUGGAGUCAAAGCUAGAAUCCACACUUAAGAAGUCUCUCGAAAUAAAAGAAGAGAAAAUUGCUGCUCUGGAGGCACGUUUAGAAGAGUCAACAAAUCUGAACCAGCAGCUCCGUCAGGAACUUAAAACCGUGAAAAAGAACUAUGAAGCUCUCAAGCAAAGACAAGAAGAGGAAAGGAUGGUUCAGAGUUCUCCUCCGAGAAGUGGGGAAGAAAAUCAGUCUGUCAAUAAGUGGGAGAAGGAAAACCAGGAAACGACUAGAGAGUUAUUGAAAGUUAAAGAUAGAUUAAUUGAAGUGGAGAGGAAUAAUGCCACACUGCAGGCAGAGAAGCAAGCACUCAAGACACAAUUAAAGCAGCUUGAGACACAGAACAGCAAUCUGCAGGCUCAGAUUCUUGCACUUCAGAGGCAGACUGUUUCUCUACAGGAGCAAAAUACAACUCUACAAACUCAGAAUGCCAAACUGCAGGUUGAAAAUUCCACCCUUAACUCUCAAAGCACAUCUCUUAUGAACCAGAAUGCACAGCUGCUCAUCCAGCAGUCUGCUUUAGAAACUGAGACCGAAUGUGUGCUCAAGGAGCGCGAGGAUCUCAAGUCGCUCUAUGAUUCACUUCUCAAAGACCAUGAGAAACUGGAGCAGCUGCACGAGCGCCAGGCUUCCGAGUACGAAUCUCUGAUUGCCAAGCAUGGGAGUCUGAAAUCUGCACACAAAAACCUGGAGGUGGAGCAUAAGGACUUGGAAGAUAGGUACAACCAGUUGCUGAAACAGAAGGUGCAGCUGGAAGAGCUGGAGAAGGUACUCAAGGUAGAACAGGAGAAGAUGCUGCAGCAAAACGAAAAGCAUGAAACUGUAGCAGCAGAGUAUAAAAAACUCCGUGAUGAAAAUGAAAGGCUUACUCACACCUACAGUCAGCUCUUGAGAGACAACGAAGUUCUCCAAACAGACCAUAAGAAUUUGAAAACGCUAUUGAACAAUUCCAAACUAGAACAAACACGAUUAGAAGCUGAGUUUUCCAAACUCAGGGAACAGUACCAGCAACUGGAUAUUACGUCGACAAAGCUAAAUAAUCAGUGUGAGCUGCUUAGCCAGCUUAAAGGAAAUCUGGAGGAGGAAAACAGACAUCUACUAGAUCAAAUUCAGACAUUAAUGCUACAGAAUAGAACAUUACUUGAGCAGAAUAUGGAAAGCAAGGAUCUCUUCCAUGUAGAGCAAAGGCAGUACAUCGACAAGCUGAAUGAAUUACGGCGACAGAAGGAGAAAUUGGAGGAGAAGAUAAUGGAUCAGUAUAAAUUCUAUGAGCCAUCUCCACCAAGAAGAAGGGGCAACUGGAUCACUCUGAAAAUGAGGAAGCUGAUAAAGUCCAAGAAGGAUGUUAACAGAGAGCGCCUCAAGUCCAUGACUCUUACACCCACCCGCUCGGAGUCCAGUGAGGGCUUCCUGCAGCUGCCCCACCAGGACAGUCAGGAUAGCUCCUCUGUGGGCUCCAACUCUCUGGAAGAUGGGCAGACCUUGGGCACCAAAAAGAGUAGCAUGGUUGCACUGAAAAGACUGCCCUUUUUGAGGAACAGACCGAAGGAAAAAGACAAAAUGAAGGCCUUCUACCGUCGCUCCAUGUCCAUGAAUGACCUGGUGCAGUCCAUGGUCCUAGCAGGAGGACAAUGGACAGGUAGUUCUGAGCAUCUGGAGGGUCCUGAUGAUAUAUCUGCGGGUAAAAGGAGGAAGGAGUUGGGAGCUAUGGCCUUCUCUACUACAGCUAUCAACUUUGCAGCUGUCAACUCUUCUGCAGGCUUCAGAUCCAAGCAGUUGCUAAAUAAUAAAGAUACCACAUCCUAUGAAGAUGUAAGUCCACAAGGUAUUAGUGAUGAUUCUAGUACAGGAUCGAGAGUUCAUGGAGUGCAGGCCGUUAUCUGUGCAGAUGCUCUUGCUCCUCCUGUCGGUGGCAUUUCAACUCUGUGCAAGGUUCCUUGUCAAAUCUGUUUGCCCUUUCCUAAAGUGUCCUCUUGGGCUGCCUGGAAAUCCCUUCGCUUUCUGAUGUCUUCCAGACCAGCCAGCCUUGAUAGUGGCAGAACAUCCACUAGCAAUAGCAAUAACAAUGCUUCGCUCCAUGAAGUCAAAGCAGGUGCAAUUCACAAUCAGAGCAGGCCCCAGAGCCACAGCAGCGGGGAGUUCAGCCUGCUGCACGAGCACGAAGCGUGGUCCAGCAGCAGCAGCAGCCCCAUUCAGUACCUGAGGGGUCACACGAGGUCUAGUCCUGUGCUGCAGCAGAGAACGCCCGAGAUGCUGGAUGCUCGUGGCAGGCACCUCAGGACGGGUUCCCCUGGCAGUGAAGUCGUGACCCUGCAGCAGUUUCUGGAAGAGAGCAACAAGAGUUCCUCCAGCGAGAUGAAAUCAGCAAGCGAAGAGAAUCUGUUAGAUGAAGUGAUGAGGAGUUUAUCCGAGUCCUCGGAGCUGGCAGGGAAGGAGAAGCUGAGGAAGCAGCCGUCUGCCGGUUGUGGCAUCGUGAGAUCACUGAGUGUCAAAGCCACCAUUGACUUCUCAGAUGGACGAUCCCUAAAGGCAGAGCAGCUGGUGAGGCCGAGCCUUCGGAAAAGCGACGAUCCCACCGUCGCCAGCUCUCCGGUGAAGUUGACAGGAGGCACCCAAGGGAAGGCCAAAUCCGUGAAGGAAAAGCUCCAGGGGAGCGUUUCCCAGCGCCAAGCCCGCGAUUGCAAUCCCUACGCCACCUUACCUCGUGCCAGCAGCGUCAUCUCCACUGCAGAAGGCACCACCCGAAGGACAAGCAUUCAUGACUUCUUGUCUAAGGACAGUAGGCAGCCUGUAUCAGUGGAUCCAGCGCCAGCCACCGCCGACAGGAGCGUUCCAUCGGCCUCUAAUGUGGAAGCUAUCCCAGAAAGCAGAAAUUCAAAAAGCAGGUCUAGGGAGCAACAAAGCUCCUAAUUCUAUUACCCACUACCUGAGCUGUGGGCCAAGUGAGAGAAAAGUGUCCUUCAGUAUCUCAGUAUGAAGCCUUUAUAUCUGAAGUAACAAGACAGCGACUGUAGGAAUCAGUAAUAAGAAUUAAGGGAAAUUUUUUACCUUCUUCGUGACUAGAGCAGGCAAGAAAUAAAAACCUACCUACCUUCCUCCUUCCUUCCUUGAAUCAAGGAGCUCUACUGGAGUCUGCUGCCGGAAACUUGUAGAUGGUCUUAGGAAUUAUUGCACAUUGCACUGUUAAGAUCUACUGAAUAAAGGACAGUUCUCAUCUCUCCCUAAGGACCAAGGAUUUUAAGGUCUCAAGAAUUUCCUCCAGGGGAAAAAAAAAAAGGAGAAAUAAAAAUACUUCUUUCCUCUUCUGUUUAUGAAUUUAGCCACUGAUUUGCUUAAGCUUCUGCUAAUAAUUAGCCAAAAACCCCCCUAACAAGCAGUUUCUCUUCUGUACACCUAAACCGCUGUAGUAUUUUGUUGGAAUUGACUGUAAAUACAGCUCCAAACCCCUCCCCGCUUACUGGCACUUCACUGCCUUACUGGGUUAGCGUAAUCUGCAUGAAAUUGCUCUUUAAAACGUUUCUGCUGAUUUUUGUUGCGUUCUGCAAGGGAAAAAACCAUGUUUACAAACCUGACAGAGUUCAGUGACGAACACGUGGGAGCCAUGGGAUGAUCGUAUUGAUACAGAGAUGGUUUGUCAGUUGUGUUCUUCACAUUCCCCCGCGUUACUCCGCGAGUGUAUGUUCAGAUGUUCCUGACGGGACCUUGUCGGGUAUGAUUUUUCUAUGCCUUUUCUUUUACUACAAGGCUGUUCUCAACAAGUGGCAUUGCCAGGAUCAAACUGUCUUACGAUGUGUGUGUACUGACUCCUUUUUUUCCACUUGUUUGUCCUUCGACAUGAGCUGAUGGUGGCUUUAGGAGGUCUCUUGAUGGCAGAAAAAGGAAAUGUAAAUAAUAUCACCUGCAUUUUACAAUCGGUUCCCCUUAAGGUUAUCUUUUACUAGCAAGAUACAUUUUGUUCAUUAUUGAUUUACAUUAAAGUCGACGAAUGUUAUUGAUA